AUUACUUUUUCUGCUGAUGUCUGGAUAAAGUCUCCUGUUACUGUUGUUUGUAUGUGUUAUACAUACAGAGUUUCUUUUGGGUUUCAGGCUAUUCCUGCUCUGGAGUUUGCUUUCAAAAAUGAACGGAUCACUCUGGCAGUUGUGGGCGCUGUCAUCAGUCCUCCUAUGGUGCCAAAAGGGAGUAUCUGUAAAGAGCUGAAAGUGUACCCAGCAGAAUGUAGAGGACGCAGAAGCACCUAUCGUGGGAAACUGACCGCUGACAUCAGCUGGUCAGUGAAUGGCAUUCCUAAAGGGAUUAUUAAACAGUCCCUGGGAUAUGUUCCAAUCAUGGUGAAAUCUAAACUUUGCAAUCUGCAUAGUCUUCCUCCCAGAGCUCUGAUUGAACACCAUGAAGAAGAGGAGGAAAUGGGAGGCUAUUUUAUAGUUAACGGUAUAGAAAAAGUUAUCAGAAUGCUGAUUAUGCCUAGACGAAACUUUCCCAUUGCAAUGAUAAGACCCAAAUGGAAAAGCCGAGGCCCUGGUUACACACAGUAUGGUAUAUCGAUGCACUGUGUUAGGGAUGAGCACUCUGCUAUAAACAUGAACCUUCACUACCUGGAAAAUGGUACAGUGAUGCUGAACUUCAUUUUUCAGAAAGAGUUGUUCUUCCUCCCCCUGGGAUUUGCACUGAAGGCACUAGUUGGUUUCUCAGACUAUCAGAUUUUUCAGGAGUUGAUCAAAGGAAGAGAAGACAACUCCUUCUAUAAGAACUGCAUCUCUCAGAUGCUGAGAAUGGUAAUGGAGGAGGGCUGUGCCACGCAAAAGCAGGUCCUUAACUACAUCGGGAAAUGCUUCCGAGUGAAACUCAACCUUCCUGAGUGGUACCCAAAUGAGCAAGCUGCAGAAUUCCUUUUGGAUCAGUGCAUCUGUAUCCACUUGAAAACCAAAACUGAGAAGUUCUACUUGCUUUGUCUGAUGACCCGGAAGCUGUUUGCUUUUGCCAAAGAAGAGUGCAUGGAGGAGAAUCCAGACAGCCUUAUGAAUCAGGAGGUGCUUACCCCAGGGCAGCUUUACCUCAUGUUCUUAAAGGAGAGGAUGGAAGCUUGGUUGCUUUCUGUUAAAGUAGCCUUGGACAAAAGAUCUCAAAAGACCAAUGUAACCAUCAAUUCAGAAAAUAUGAUGAAGCUAUUCAGCAUGGGAAUUGAUGUUACAAGGCCAUUUGAAUAUCUCCUUGCUACUGGUAACCUGCGCUCUAAAACAGGUCUGGGUAUGCUACAAGAUUCUGGUCUGUGUGUGGUGGCAGACAAGCUGAAUUUUAUUCGUUACCUGUCCCAUUUUCGCUGCGUACACAGAGGUGCUGCGUUUGCCAAGAUGAGAACCACCACAGUGCGCAAACUGCUCCCAGAAUCCUGGGGCUUCCUGUGCCCUGUGCACACCCCCGACGGAGAGCCCUGUGGGCUGAUGAACCAUAUUACGACUGUCUGUGAAAUAGUGACGCAGUCAGCCUACACCUUGUCCCUGCCACCUUUGCUCUGCUCCUUAGGUGUCACUCCCGUUGAUGGGACUCCAAGCCAACCCUAUGCAGAGUGUUACCCAGUUACACUGGAUGGCUCGUUAGUGGGCUGGGUAGAAAAAGAUAUGGCUCCUACGAUUGCAGAUACUCUCCGGCACUUUAAGGUAAUGCAAGAAAAGAAAAUUCCAGCUUGGACUGAGGUAGUCCUUAUUCCAAUGACCGGAAAACCUAGUCUGUAUCCAGGAUUAUUCAUUUUUACUACCCCUUGCAGGAUGGUUCGGCCUGUGAGAAAUUUGGCCUUGGGAAAGGAAGAAUUGAUUGGUACUCUGGAACAGGUCUUCAUGAACAUUGCUGUCCUUGAGGAUGAAAUUGUGCCUGGCGUGACCACUCACCAGGAGCUCUUUCCUCAUAGCAUGUUGAGUGUGGUAGCCAACUUCAUUCCAUUCUCUGAUCACAACCAGAGUCCCAGAAACAUGUACCAAUGCCAGAUGGGCAAGCAAACUAUGGGCUUUCCACUUCUGACUUAUCAGGAUCGCUCAGAUAAUAAACUGUACCGACUUCAGACCCCGCAAAGCCCCUUGGUGCGGCCGUCCAUGUACGAUUACUAUGACAUGGACAAUUAUCCAGUCGGUACCAAUGCAAUCGUUGCUGUCAUCUCCUACACUGGCUAUGACAUGGAAGAUGCAAUGAUUGUAAGUAAGGCUUCAUGGGAGAGAGGAUUUGCCCACGGCAGCGUUUACAAGACGGAGAGCAUAGAUCUUGCUGAAAAAAUCAAACAAGUAGAUGACAGUCUGGUGUUUGGAGUCAAGCCUGGUGAUCCAAGGGUUAUACAGAAUCUGGACGCUGACGGACUGCCGCACAUUGGAUCCAUACUGCAGUAUGGGGACCCUUACUACAGCUACCUGAACCUCAGUACUGGGGAGAGCUUCAUAACCUAUUACAAGAGUAAGGAAAGUUGCAUUGUGGAUAACAUCAAAGUGUGCAGCAAUGACAGUGGAAAUGGAAAAUUUAAAAGUGUUUGCAUCACUAUGAGAAUCCCUCGUAAUCCAACUAUUGGGGACAAAUUUGCCAGCCGACAUGGACAGAAGGGUAUUUUGAGCAGACUCUGGCCAGUUGAGGACAUGCCAUUUACAGAGAGUGGAAUGGUUCCAGAUAUUCUCUUCAAUCCUCAUGGCUUUCCAUCCCGAAUGACCAUUGGAAUGCUGAUUGAGAGCAUGGCAGGGAAGUCUGCAGCAUUGCAUGGCCUCUGUCACGAUGCCACCCCCUUCACGUUUUCGGAGGAGAACUCUGCCUUGGAAUACUUUGGCAAGAUGUUGAAGGCUGCUGGCUAUAACUACUAUGGAACAGAGAGGAUGUACAGUGGAAUCAGUGGGGUGGAACUGGAGGCAGACAUUUUUAUUGGAGUUGUAUACUAUCAACGCCUGCGUCACAUGGUUUCGGACAAGUUCCAAGUGAGGACGACAGGAGCCAGGGAUAAAGUCACCAACCAGCCCAUCGGGGGGAGGAAUGUCCAGGGUGGGAUUCGCUUCGGAGAGAUGGAACGCGAUGCCUUGUUGGCUCACGGCACGUCCUUCUUGCUGCAUGACCGUCUCUUCAACUGUUCCGAUCGUUCUGUGGCCCACGUCUGUGUCAAGUGUGGCAGUUUGCUCUCUCCUUUGUUGGAGAAGCCUCCGCCUUCCUGGUCCACGACACGCAAUAGGAAAUACCACUGUACUGUGUGCAAUCAGAGCGACACAAUCGACACUGUUUCUGUGCCUUAUGUCUUCCGGUAUUUUGUGGCUGAGUUGGCAGCCAUGAACAUAAAAGUGAAACUCGAUGUGAACUAACUGUGGACGUGAAUAGCAAUUCAAGUACUCUAGAAAAACUAAUUUUUUAAUGUCCAGAUUUUUCUGUAAGAGGAUUUAAAAGGACUAUUGACUCGUAGCUUGAAAUCCUGCAACAGCUGUGGGAUUAGUUUGAUUUGUGUACUUAAACUGGGGAGAUAAUCUGCUAAAUUACUUAGCAAUCAAAUGGAGAAGCGGUACAGAUCCCCUAACAGUCACUGUUAGCUCUGUAACAGUCCUCUCUGCUUGUGUUUCAUAUUAGCCAAAAAUCUAUUUAUGAAAACUGAGCAGUGCCAAUGCUUUAUUGGACUAGUGGAUUGGGAAUUAAAGCGUUACCUCCUUGUCCCAGAUACUGCAUCUUGUAACUGUGUGAUGGCUGUUCCAGGCGGGGGUGUACCACAGUUGUGCUGAAGAGUUUAAAUAAAGUGGAAUGUCCUUGAACACUGGAAGAUCACCAAAAGUCUUUGUUAAAGGAGCAAAUGUAAUGCCUUAACAGUGUCCCUGUCAUGUGCAGCCAGCCAGGAAAAAUCAUUUCUUUGCCUAUUUGAGAAAUACAUCUGCAAUGAUUAAAGGGGAAAACGGGCUGUGCCUUCAAAUCAGAAGUGAAGUCAGGGCAUGGUAGAGUGGCACUGCUCUAGGAGAGAGCCUGCAUCAGAGAGGCAUGGUCUGUCAUAGUGCCGAGAGUGCAGUCUGCUCCAUUCACUGGGGGGAGGAGAUUGCCUCAUUCUGCCAGCCAGUGUGAAGGGGGCAGGCUCUUGCUAGCCCCAGCCCCAGGGCAGCAGCACAAGUUCUUGCUCACCCCUCAGCAGCCACUUGGGCCAUUCACAAUCUGGGCUUUAAGUCUGAUGACUUCCUGCUAUCUCUGCUUCUCUCAGUGUGUGAACAGUUAACACAGACUAGUGACCUUCACUUUGGUUACAGUCAGGUUCUAGUCAGUGUCACUUCCUGGUUCUCAGUCCUAGCAUAAUUUGGGCUGCAAACACUGCAGCAGCAACAUUUAAGCCUUGUCCUUUGUUUAAUUUUAUUUUUUAUUCCAUGGAAACGUGACUCUGGUUUUGUAAAAGUUCAUUUUUAACUAACCUAAACUUGUGGCAAAAUAAAUCUUUUUAUAUUAUGGA